GCGGCAGGUGCAGACACCGGAGCCCCGCUAGGGGACGGGCCCUCCUGGGACAAUUGGCACCGGCCGGUCCAUCAAAAUCCCGCGCUGGGGCAGCCGGCCUGCGCGGUGCCCUCCGGCACCUAGGGGGCGCUGUGGGCGCGCUGCGGAAGGUUCCGCCACGACCCCCUGACCCGGCGCCGACAUCCCCGCACGCCGGUCAGCCAUGGUCGCUGCGUUCGUGCUUCGCGGCCUGUGCGGAGCGCGAGCCGUGCUACGCUGUUCCCCUGCGGAGCUGUUGAGGGCCCCACGGCGAGGGCACCGGCUCACGCCGGCGGACGACGAGCUGUAUGAGCGGACGCGCAUCUCUCUGCUGCAGCGCGAGUCCCCGCAGAUCAUGUAUAUCGACAGCUACAGCAGCCGCGGCUUCAUGGUCAACGGAAAUCGCGUGCUUGGGCCCUGCGCGCUGCUCCCGCAGUCGGUGGUGCAGUGGAACGUAGGAAGUCACCGGGACAUCACUGAAGAAAGCUUCUCUCUCUUCUGGUUGCUGGAGCCCCGAAUAGAGAUUGUGGUGGUGGGCACCGGAGACCGGACCGAACGGCUGCAACCCCAGGUGCUGCAAGCCCUGAGGCAGCGGGGCAUCGCCGUGGAAGUGCAGGACACGCCCAAUGCCUGUGCCACUUUCAACUUCCUGUGUCAUGAAGGCCGAGUAACAGGAGCUGCUCUUAUCCCUCCACCCAGAGGGACGGCGCUCACAUCCUUAGAACGAGCUGCAGAAUGAAUUGCCAGGAAUUGACCUGACCUGUGCAGAAGGGCCCUGGCACUUUUUGCAGAGCGCAAGAGUUUCCAGCGCUUUCAUUAGCCCUUCCUCUUUGCCACUGUAACACCUCUUUCUUGCCAGCAAAUUAAUAAUUUAAUCCAUGUUUCCCA